GUGUGUCCAAUCAGAUGCUUUGUGGGCGGGACAUCGUCCUGCAAAACUAUCUACUCCAAAUUCAACCGUUGUGAUUGUGAUCGUGAAUUCAUUAUGAACUGUUUGGUAGUUAUUUUACGAAAAUGCCUAUCGGACACUAUUUGAGGUGAUAUAAGUUGCUACUGAUAGAAAAUCACCUCCGUCCAGACGAAUCCGUAAUCAACAGCGCUAAAGUAAACAAAUGAUAAUAGUCGGCUAAGUUAGCUAAGCUAACUACCUAGCUUAAAGCAUGCCGAAUUUUUGCGCGGCCCCAAACUGUACACGGAAGAGCACACAGUCAGAUUUGGCCUUUUUUCGGUUUCCACGAGACCCAGAGAGAUGCCGAAUCUGGGUAGAGAACUGCCGCAGAGCAGAUUUAGAGGCGAAAACAUCAGACCAGUUGAACAAGCACUACAGACUAUGUGCUAAACACUUCGACCCAGCGAUGGUGUGCAAAACGAGCCCCUAUAGGACUGUUUUGAAGGAUACAGCCAUUCCAACCAUAUUUGAUCUGACAAGCCAUCUAAGAAAUCCUCAUACCAGACAUCGCAAGCGGAUUAAAGAACUUACUGAAGAAGAUUUAAAGAAGAUUAAAGAAAGGCUAUUGGUAUCUUCUAUUGAACAGCUUGCCUCUAAAAAAGAUGCAGCCGUUGAGGAUAGCUCAAGCACCAAUGAGGAUGAACCUCAACUGUCCACAGAGGAGAAGGAGUUUCGUGAAUACCUGCGAUCCUUGUUCGAGGUUGUGGUCAUGUUAGGAGAACAGAGUAUCCCAUUAGUGGCUUGCAAAGCAUCAGAAGCCGAAUACAUGUCCAACAACUUCCAGGCCCUUCUAGAUUACCGCAUGAAUGCUGGAGAUGAAGCUUUGAAGAAGCGCUUUCAGGCGACAGCUGUGAACACAGAAUACCUCUCUGCAACCCAGCAGAGCCAGUUGUUGGACAUCUGUGAGACCACAGUGAGGGAGGAGAUGCUGAUGGAGGUGAGAGAGAGCCGCUUCUUCUCCUUAGUGACGGGUGACCUUGUGGAAUUUGCCAACGAGAAACACCUGCCUCUAUUUUUACGCUUCGUGAAUCAGCACAACGUCCUCCGAGAGGAGUUUUUGGACUGUAUGUUGUUUGAUGGUGAUGAGUCGGCCCUGGUAGAGAGGCUGGAGGCUCAUCUGACUGACCGUUGGGGGCUCAGCAUGGAGGAAUGUCGCGGUCAGGCACACAAGGCCACUGGGACAUCCACCACCAAGAUGAAGGCUGUGGCAGUAUUACUGGUGGAGAAGUAUCCGCUGGCACUGCACAUGCCUUGCUCUCAUAUGGCACUGAACAUCCACCUGGCCAACAGUCUGCCUUUUCCCAAUGUCCAAGUCGUCAUGGAGACUCUUCGGAGGAUCAAUACUUUCUUUAGAACCCCGUUCACCCAGGAUGAGCUUGAGAAAGCUAUCUCCACUCACUACCAGAAAAAUGAAGAGAAAGGAACUACCUUAAAAGAAGCCUGUGGCUCGGGGUGGACGGAGCAGCACAGUGUCUUUGAUGUGCUGCUGGAUAUGUUGCCGCCCCUGCUGCUGUGCAUGGACAACAUUCGGGACAAUGAUGACGGAAGGUUUGCCGACUCUGUCGCAGCCGAUGCGUAUUCAUUCACAGAAACUCUGUCUGACUUCGAGAUCAUCGUCACCGUCGUCAUCCUUAAGAAUGUCCUCACAUUCACCAGAGCCUUCGGGAGGAAUCUCCAAGGGGAAACACUCGAUGUGUUUUUCGCUGCCAACAGUCUAACUGCUGUGCUGCAUUCACUCAACGAGGUCAAUGACAACAUCGAUGUCUACCAUGAGUUCUGGUAUGAGGAGGCCGUGAGCGUGGCCAGCGUAAUGGAGAUUCCUGUGAUGGUGCCGAGGCUGUUUCUUAGAAAACAGCGUGCCGCUGAUGUGGGUGAAAUCCAAGCAGAGGUGUAUUUUAAAGAGUAUGUGACUGUGCCUGUUAUCCACGGCGUCAUGCAGGAGGUGGAGGACAUGUUCUGUGAGACCAACCUCAAAGCGCUCAAGUGCCUGUCACUGGUCCCAGCUGUCAUGGGCCAAAUGAAGUUCAACACCACGGAGGAGAACUACGCAGAUGUUUACCGCAACGACCUCCCCAACCCAGACACACUUCCUGCAGAGCUUCACUGCUGGAGGAUCAAGUGGAAGCACAGGGGCAAAGAGGUGCGCCUGCCCACCACCAUCCACGAAACCCUUCAGCUGCCGGAUGUCAAGUUCUUCCCCAACGUGAACUCCUUCCUCAAGGUGCUUUCCGCCCUGCCGGCUCUGAAACUAGAGGACAAUAAAUGUGACACAGCGAGUGCACGACUGCAGGCUUAUCUUGACGGCAUGUCCGCUAAGCAGUGGAACAAAAGUCUUGCGAUGCUUUACGUUAACACUCAUGUCAAACAUGACUUGGAUGUCAUGGUAGACAAAUAUUGCAGACUCUAUGCAGAGGAUGAUCCUGAAGCUGAGGCUGAGGCCGAGUCUGAGGAGGUGGCCGAGGAGGUGGCCGAGGAAGCCGCUGCAAUGAAAUGACGGAACACGGACGCUAUUUUGGAGGGGGGAAAUGGUUGGUACAGAUGCACUGUUAGUCAAACACACAUCAUCCUUUGGUCGCUCAUUUAUGUUUUGAUGUAUGUACACUUCGAUAUAAGUAAUUUUAAUGCUGUUAAGAGGUAAUAGAUGCCAUUUGUUUUCAGUCCCUGAGGUUUCCCAGAAGAAGAAAAAAGUUAUUCUUAUUGUAUCUGUUAAAUAAUUAUCUUGCAUUGUAAAUAAGUAAGCAAAUCUGACGGGACAAAAAUGUUAAACUUAAUUAACAAUAUGAUGAUUCAGUAAGAAAUGUGAGACGGGGUGAAGGGCAUGAUCUUUAAAUCUUCAAAGUGCUGAGGCUUUUGUUGUGAUAUCAAGAAAGCCAUCAUUGAUCAUAUUGGAUACAUUUAGUAGAUGGAGUUUCUGCACAAAUGAACUGCCGUAAAUGUCUAAUUUGUU